CCUUUGCUCAACUGGUGGACAAGAUGGGUACUACAAAAGGACCUGAAGGAUUAUCGCUUCGAUGGGUAAUCGUAAUCGGAGUCGCUGUUCGUUUGGCAUUCUUUUUCUUGCCUUCGUUGGAUUUUGUGCCUUCGAUCCUUGAAAGAAGACCGGAAUUGAGCACGCCAACGACCUCAUAUAUGGCAGUCAAGGAAGCAUUGUAUCUGCAAAAAGUCUACAAAUCUUCAACUGGUACGCUGCCACCACCAUAUCAAUCGGGCAAUCUGUAUCUUCCACCAAUAAUAUUGAGAUAUCUCGAACCAAUCUUGAGCAGGACAGGUAACACUGCAAGUUCCUUUCAUAUCACAACGGCUCUCAUCUGGAGCAUAGCAGACGCCAUCACUGCGAUACUGCUCGCAAGUAUUUACGUCAAAAAGCAAAAAUACCUCAAACGAGUCCAUGCUUCUCCGGAUCAGGCUCAAUUGGAUACUUCCAUGUUGGCAGGUUCAGCUCUUUCUUCCGCAGGCGGAAUAGCAGCUUUCUUCUUAUUCAACCCAUUCAGCAUUGCUACAUGUUUGGCAAGAUCAACAACGACAUUUAACAAUCUCGCAUUGGCAUUGGCCAUCAGCUCAGCACUAUCUGCUUCGCUCGUGAUGCUUGGCUUAGGGAUAGUGUCUGCCAUACUCAUUUCGGUAUAUCCAGUCCUUUUGGUUCCUGCGAUAACGAUUCUUUAUGCAAUGAGCGCUUCCUCAAACACCACUCACAACAGAUCUGGCAAGCAAACAUGGUCCAAAGGUCAAGCGAUCAUCUGUCUCUUCUUCAUUGCUGCAACACUGGCGCUCUUCGUAUACGUAAGCUAUGAGGUGAGCGGCAAAGAUUGGACUUUUAUUGAUCGUGCUUAUGGCACAAUCUUAUUCCUUCCGGAUCUGUCACCGAAUAUUGGAUUAUGGUGGUACUUCUUUAUCGAAAUUUUUGAUCACUUCAGAGACUUUUUCCUGUUAGCCUUCAACGUGCAUGUGGCAAGCUAUGCAAUCCCACUUACGAUCAAAUACAGACAAGAUCCGCUAUUUGCAAUUACCGCAUUGACAGGAUUGAUUGCUGUUUUGAAAAGUUAUCCAACGCUAGGAGAUUCAUCGAUGUUUUUAUCAUUAUUGAUUUUACACAGAGAGAUUUCACCUUAUUUACGACAUUCCUUAUUUACCACUUUGCUUUAUACCCUUGCCACUUUGAUGAUGCCAGCUUUGCAUCACCUUUGGCUUCAAGCAGGAAGUGGAAAUGCAAACUUUUUCUAUGCUUCUACACUUGUUUGGGCUUUGGCAGGAGGAUCAUCGGUUUUAGACGCAAUGUGGGCAUGGGGAAGGUGGAGAUGGGAAACGGAAAGAAAGCGGGAUGCGAGUGGGAAUGCAGAUCGAAUUGCAACGCAGAUUGGCAAAAAGAAAGAAGAUGUUGUGCUUCAUAGAAAAGUUAUACAAGCUUGAAUGAUUGUUAGCAAUGUACAAUAUUAUCUUCAUCAACCAUUUGUACGAAUAGGAAAUCGGAGUACGGAAGUUUGACUUAAAAUUAAAUGUUGAACUAGGAUAUAUACUAUCUAUA